AGGGGGGGGGGGGUGCUCAAUGUUAGAAAGAUAAGUUUAGGUUGUUUUGCCUCAAAUACAAUACUAAAACUAGUUACCCCUUAAAAAUAUUUUACUCCUGUUUGCUUUUAUCAUUGGUUACUACGGGUGCAAAUGAAUCAAGUUAGCUUGUGAGCUUUUUGAAAUAGUUACCCCUUGAAAAUAUUUUCCUCCCGCUUGCUUUUGUCAUUGGUUAUUACGGGUGCAAAUGAAUCAAGUUAGCUUGUGAGCUUUUUGAACCCAUUUGCACCCAUUGUUUCAUUUGCACCCAUUGGUUAUGCAACAACACGGAUGCCUGUUCCUUGGGCAAUGAUGCAAUGGUUAGGCCCUCCAAUGGAUAAAUAAGGGCCAACUAAAAAAAACACGGAUGCUUGGAUUUGAACAAAUGAUAUAUUUGUUCUUCACCCAAAGUCUAUCCACCCUAGGCGUUGUCUGAAAAAGAAAACAAAAGAUUGUUUUGGCGGUAGUCUCCUCUCAAUCUCUAGGUUCGUAUUCCUCUAUUUCUCUCUUUUCUUGUCUUUUUGUUCGACUUUGAUGCUAAAUUUGUUACAUUUUGAUUGUUGCGGUAUCUGUAUGAACAUUUCGAGCUAGGGUUGCUAACUUGCAGUUUUUUUUGUUGUUGUUGGAACUGGUGCUGAAUUGUGGGAUCUUCUCGGAUGUCUGAUCUGAUGGGCUCCUUUUUCGGUUUCUUAACAAUUGCCUGAAUUUGGACGAGGUGAUGGUGACAAGAAGUGGUAUGAUAUUAUAUUGCCUUUUGUUUACUGGAAAGGGUUUGCACUGAAUUUUUUCUCCUUUACCUUGUUUCGGUGACCAAGCCAUUUGACCUAUUUCUAAGCCUUAGGAAGAUGAAGUUUCUGGAAAACACUCCUUUGGACAGGUGAUUCUAAUAUGCUGCAUGUGUUACUAAACUUUAAUUUGUUACUCAGCAUAAAUCUUUUCUUAAAUCAUCUAAACCUGGGAGAGAGUACCAUCAAAGGGAACCUUGAAGCCUUCUCAUGUAAACAAAUUGGGACAGAUAGCAUGCUUUCUUUUAGCUUAGAGCAGGAGGUGCAACAUGGAUCAUGUGCCAUCUCACUAUGAAGAACUUUGUCCUAUUUUUGUUUAUCUUCAUGGUACCAUCAAUUCCGAAGGCCAACAGUUAUAAUGAAAAUGUUGACCUUGCUGGAAAUAAUAGUCCAAGAUUUGUUGGCUGUUGGCCAUGCUUCUGGCCUUAUCUUGCAAGCUCAUUCUUGCAACAUGGUACCACAUUUGAAUCAGAUUUUCAUGGUUACUUAGCUCAAGAAUUUGGUAUAAGUGAUACCUGUAAAGGGCUCGCUAGUAAUAUUGGCACUCUUGGUAUUUUGAACCUUGAUCGGAAACUUAAUGGUGAAGGAUCUCAUCGACACAUAAUUUCCACCUUGAGGUUCUUGAACCAAGCAGAUAUUAAUUCUUUGGUUGGUACUCAAGAGUGCGAAGCAGUUAUCAUUGAAAGACUUCCAGUUGGUAUCUUUGCCGAUCCAUUUGAGUUACAACAUCUUGUUAACCACAAAGUUUAUUCAGAUGUGGCUGUAUUUGGCGAUAAAAAUUUAGAACUGCCCUCUUCACUUUCAAACAGGUCCAUUGUUGAGAUUCAUAUGAUCAUUGGCAAUGAAAAUUCAUCGAGUGCUGAGACUAUAGUACAACUUCCACUUCAUGCUAGAUAUCCGCCCCUUGAUGGCAGUGGUUAUAUGAAAGUCAAAUUGGAAAGCCCAGAAUUGUUUCUACGUUGCAGGCCGAAAAGCUUGAAGUUAGAGCCAUGUUUGUGGACACUCAUUGAAUUGAAUGCUAAUGCUGGAUCAGUGAAGACAGUUGCGUGGCAUGUCCCCGCAGGGAAUGAUGCACACAGAAACAUUGUAGCCAUUGCAACUUUUGCUUCCGCAUUGAUUUGUGCUCUUUCAGUCUUUGUAUUUACUAUAUAUUUCUCCAAGAACAACUUCGUCCUAGUGCCUCCAGUCUUCUGAGGAAAUGGUAUUACUCUUGUUUUACCCUUCUAAUUGUUCAUGAGCACUCUUUUAAUUGUUAUUUUUGUAAUUAUCUUCUUUAGCACGUAUGAUUUUAUAUUUUAAUAAAAUGUUUGAUUGCCUUUUCAGUACAAA